ACCAAUAGUGGGGAUGUAAUUGCAAAAUCAGAAGUACUGUUAGCGGUACCCGCGGAGAAUUGAAAAUUGGAACAAGAAAUUAUUUGGUUUCGCCGUGUUCCAUCAUCAUCACCAUUGAUUGAAGCGUAGUGGAAGCCAUAAGAGUUGAGGUUGAAGAUGAAAACCCCUAUUUCUGGUUUCUACAGAAACCCCGUCAAGUUCAGAAUGCCAACUUCGGAAAAUCUCGUUCCCGUUCGACUCGACAUCGAAAUCGACGGACAUAGAUACAAAGAUGCCUUCACAUGGAACCCUUCUGAUCCGGAUUCUGAGGUUGUGGUGUUUGCGAAAAGGACUGUGAAGGAUUUGAAGCUGCCUCCACCUUUUGUUACUCAGAUUGCUCAGUCUAUUCAAUCGCAGUUAGCAGAGUUUCGAUCCUAUGAGGGUCAAGAUAUGUAUGCCGGAGAGAAGAUUAUUCCCAUUAAGCUUGAUCUUCGUGUAAAUCAUACGCUUGUAAAGGACCAAUUUUUAUGGGACUUGAACAACUUCGAUAGUGAUCCUGAAGAGUUUGCAAGGACCUUCUGCAGAGACAUGGGCAUUGAGGAUCCUGAGGUUGGACCAGCUGUCGCCUUUGCCAUCAGAGAACAGCUUUACGAGAUUGCAAUUCAAAGCGUGGUUUCAGCAAGAGAAAGCAGACUAAGCAAGAAGGGUCGUCGAGGGGCUGAUUUUACUCCAGUCAGUAAAGGAGGCGCCGUAGCAGUGGACUUGGUUAAGUUAUUUGGUAUUAAAUCAAGUGUUGUUCGGAAAAGAAAGGAGUGGGACGUAUAUGAACCCAUUGUGGAUCUUCUAUCCAACGAAGAAGUUGAUGUCCUUGAAGCAAAGGAAGAGAGAAAUUUCAGGUGAAUUGGCUCUGUAGUCAGUUAUGUCUUGUCUCAGAUAGUUCAAAAGAGUGUAUAUUUUUAAUGUUGUAGUUUGAAGUUAUUUACAUGUAUACUAGAUGGUUUUAUAAGACCAAAAAUCAUUAGUUCAGCAUAUUGUUAUCA